AUGGCGUCCGUCACAUGUGGUGGUGGCAACCUUCACAUGGUCGCAUCUGCUGAACUCGCAGUUGCGCAUCUGGGUUUAGAUCUAGUUGCCAAACUCCCCUCUGAACUGGCCAUUACAGAGAUUACAGAAAUCACAGAGGGAUGUUCGACUCCCAACUUGACAAAACCAUCCUCGUUGGAUAUGGAUACCCCAAGAGUAAAGCGGAUCGAUCCGCCCCGCUCAAAGUCCUUCAGGGCCCCAGAUUCCCCAACAAAUACUACAAAUACUACACAUCGGCCUCGAGAAGCGUCUCGCCCAACAUCCUCAGCAAACUCCAUUCAUCACUCUCGUUCGGCCUCCCGAAGCACUGUUCGAUCAACGGGCCGUCCUCCAAGUCGCCAUAGCUCUUUACAUUCAUCGCGGCGACCGGUUACCACUGCUAGCAUUGUAUCCGUACCUGCACGCGCACUUCAACAAGAAAAGCAAGAUUCACUACUAGCUUUACAUCGAGAAUCCUGUCGUCUGUUUCAAGACCCACUGCCAACAGACGAGUCCCGCCCAACAUUAUCUCUGCAGCGGACAACAUCAACAGCCCAUCGCUCGCGACGAGAAGGCCGUGCCUCCUCCGAGAUAGGUAGCUCAGUACCACCAUCGCCCAUCGCAUCCUCCUCAUCUAGCCGCCGACUCGAAUACGAACCCCGCGCCUCUAUAAGCUCUAUAACUACACCUCCAUUUCUAAACACAAGAGAACGCUCCAAUACCCUCCCCACCACAUCCAGCCAUGUCCAUAGUCCCUCUGCGUCCUCCAUCAACGUCCCGGCGACGGUAAUGGAAUGGACCUCUCCCUCUACCCGACGACAAGAAUAUGAAAAGAUCGAUCGCGCCAGUCGUGGAAUGCGCGGUCUUUGGCGCCGUGUAGCUCCACGCUGGUGUCAGGCUAAAGACUCGCGCGUUCCUUUCUUUGAAGAAGGCAAAACCAGCCGUGAAGGCAGCGUGCGACGAUUCCGUAUGGACCUUCCCGAUGAAGAAGAAUAUGAUCUGGGUUUAAGUCCAAAGGAUAAACCCCAAGUUCAACUGGUAGAUAUAUCAGACAGGCCUCUUUCACAAGAUGGUUGCCCUCGACGCCUCUGGACAGGUCGUCGAUCUAAGACUACUCUCCACUGA